AUGCGGGUCCUGCACAAACUGCGGGGGAUGGAUGAUGUCCAGCUUAACAGGCGGCUUGAGCGCAUCUUGGUGGGUAUCACCCGAGUGAUGACGGUGACGGAGUUCGCGGAAACCCUCCUUUCGACCCUCACGAGGCUGCUCUUGCGUCGGAGCGCUGGCCAAAUAGCUAUACCCUCAGCAUCCUUCGCUCCGCGGCCUCUCACGACUCUCUGUCUUGCUUUGUCAAGGAAAUAUUCCCUUUUAUUCAAUUCGCGAGCCAACCCUUGCGGGAGGCCGAGCAGGCCCAACGCCUGGCCAAACGCGCGCGAUGGGCGGCGUUUCUUAAUCAGUACUGGCGCAUCGCUGCGGGGUUUCUGUCAACUCCCCACCAUCUUCACCGAGGACUCUUUUUGCGAGUUGUUUGAACCACUCGUAGCGUUCUUGUCGAGCCCUAGUUUUGUGGAUAUGAGUGCGAGCACGAUUUACACACUCUGCGGGGGCUGCCACCAACUUGCGCAAGGGAUUGAGGAAGUGAACGACGACGCCAUUUAUCUCGACUUCCACGAUGGAAAACUGCACAUCUGGACGAGGGCGGAAAAGGUUUACGAGGACGACUGUCGGCGUCGUGAGGCCCUGGCAGAUCGGCUGCUCCGCCGUGCCCCUGGAAAACGUCCGCAGCGGGCGGACACGGGGCGGGGAAAGCUCCAAACCACCUCACAAAGCUGCGUGAACAAAAGAAGGCGAAACAGGCGCUCAAGCGGUUGCGCGUGA